AUGGUGGUUCCAUUGAAAACAUUCAAAAAGACAGAUGUCUCGGCGGACACAUGGACUUUGGAGAUGCCUUCAGGUCUUGGCGCUGCAGGCUCGCUAAGAUGUGGCGCUAAGGAAGCCAAGAACUUUCAACCGCACAUUUUUCGUGAUCGAGAACAACGACAUCUUGAAGGACCUCUACCACCGCGACAAAGCAUCAAGAUGUCAUCCUCAAAAGUCCGCACCGGCCAGCUCUGGGGCAAGAGCAAGGAUGAUCUGAAGAAGCAACUCGUGGACCUCAAGACAGAGCUAGGUCAACUCCGCACCCAGAAGAUCGCCGGAGGCGCUUCGUCCAAGCUUCACAAGAUCCACGACCUCCGCAAAUCCGUCGCCCGCGUCCUCACCGUCAUCAACUCCAACCAACGACAACAACUACGCAUCUUCUACGCGAAGAAAAAGUACCUCCCGCUCGACCUACGUCCGAAGAAGACCCGGGCGAUCAGGAGGCGGUUGAGCAAGCAUGAGGCGACGAUCGUGACGGAGAAGCAAAAGAAAAAGUCCACGCAUUUCCCGCAGAGGAAGUAUGCGGUCAAGGCUGAGGUUUAG